AUGGGGAUCAAAGGCAUAUACGCCCAGCUUGGCCAGGCAGAUCGUGUCGCCCUCGCAAAGCUUGCAGCUGAAUCCUACCGAGAGUCGGAUCGACCCUUGAGACUCGCCAUCGAUUUUGCGAUAUGGCAAUAUCAAACACAGGCCGCCCAAGGUGGCCACAACCCAGCGAUCCGAACCCUAUUUUAUCGGCUUGUCAGACUCAAGGCCACCACCAUCAAUCCAGUCUUCGUCUUCGAUGGGCCUGAGAAACCUAGAUUCAAAAGAAAUAAGCGUUCUGGGAGGGGAAACGGUGUUGCCACAGCCCAGGCCAAGAAGCUGAUGCGUCUCUUUGGCUUCGCUACGCAUGAUGCGCCUGGGGAAGCCGAAGCAGAAUGCGCCCUGCUCCAAAAACGCGGCAUCGUAGAUGCUGUGUUGAGUGAAGAUGUCGACACAAUCAUGUUUGGGUGUACAAGGACGUUGCGCAAUUGGUCGGGAGAGAGCAAGGGGACCACGGCACCGACUCACGUUACGCUCUACGACGUUCAUGAUAUGAAACUGGCCGACCUCGGCCUGAACCGGGAAGGCAUGGUCUUGGUGGCUCUGAUGAGCGGCGGAGAUUACCUGCCUGACGGUAUUCCGGGCUGUGGUGUCAAGGUGGCUUGUGAGGCGGCCAAGGCUGGAUUUGGGGCGAGUAUAUGCCGGUUGAAGGCAUCCGACACAGAGGCGAUACAGGUCUGGAGGGAGGAGCUCAUCCAUGAACUAAAGACCAACGACAGCAAACAUUUCCGGACUAAGCAUAAAGCCCUCUCGAUCCCAGAUGAUUUCCCCAACCUAGAAGUUUUAGGAUACUACACACACCCUGUCGUCUCUCCAGCCGCUGGCUUGGAAAAGGUGAAAAGAAAACUAGCGGAGCCAGGAGAUUUUCAUCUAGAAGAACUCAGAGAGUUCACUCGAGACGAGUUCGGUUGGGACUUUCGCAUUGGGGCCCUGAAAUUCAUCCGCGUCUUGGGGAAUGCUCUCCUUGUUCACAAGCUGCAGAACAAGCAACCAGGGGCUCAAGACCUGGUGAAGAAGGUCAGCGGCCGCAGAACGCAUUUCAGCGCCGAUGCAGAGCCCGAACUCAGGGUUGCGUAUGUUCCCGCAGAGGUAGUUCCUAUCGAUCUCUCGGCCGAAGUGGAUGAGAUUAUUUCAUAUUCCAGAGAUGGGCUCGCGACGAAUAGUGAUGAUGAGUUCGAGGCUCCUACGGGUGCUGAAAUGACUGCUCAAGCGGCAGCGCUAAAUGUUUAUGAUGUUCAAAAGCCCGAACUUGCCUGGAUCUUGGAAGAGUUUACCAGUCGGGCCGUACCUACAGCUGUAAAGGCCUGGCAGGACGCUGAAGAAGCCAAAGCUGCUCGCAAAGCUUCCAAGACGAAGAAAUCAGCAAAACCCAAACGCACGAAGGGCGGAGGGAUGCCUCAAGGAGCUCUCGACAAAUUUGUUCAGGUCAAGAAGCAGACCCCUGGUACUGUGCUAUCGAAGAAAUCAACUCCUGAUAUGGAACAUACGCCAGAGCCAGUCGCAGAUCUGGAGCCGGAAACACGUCUUCCACCAGUUCGCGACCUUCGUCAAAAGCCAUCUCCUCUCUCAGCGCCAAGUAAGCAACCCAAGUCGACGAAGACAAGCUCUACGGCCGACAACCGGAAAGUCACCCGUUCACAGCUUACGCCCACUAGGACUCCCAAAUUCAAAACGUUUCCGGAGACGAUUGACCUAUUGUCCAGCCCAGUCCCCACAGAGCCUUCGCCCCGUGCCUCUCCAACCACAAGCUCUUGGCCACGUCCCGUUGGCCAUACGCAAGUAUCUAAUCCAGUAUGCUCGGGUAUUACCAACAAUCCGGUUUCGCAAAGGGUGAAAAUCCCAGCACAGGCGACAAAGACCAAGCGUACUAAACAGUCACAAAUUUCGACAGCUCUCACAAAACCUACCUCUCUGAAACAGUCAUCAAUGACGAUGUAUACAACUCAGCAGGUGGCGACAAAGAAAGGCCAACUGAAAAGCGGCAACUCACCAGGCGUCUCUGUACAGGACGCUACCAAGCUAGCUUCUUCGGAUGGGGAUGAGUCGUGGCUUCUUGAGAAUGAUUUCCCAACACUGGCGUCAUUGAUGGCCAUGCCUCCUCAACAACUAAAGACGACGAGAUCUCCAGACAUACAGAUGGCGAGUCCUAAGAGUUAUGCAAUGGAGGAUACCCUUUGGGACAACCAAUCCCAAGGCACGGAUAAGCCUUUGGCGUCUGUUACGGGUGCUACAAAGUUUUGGAAAGAUCUUGAGCUCGAUGAUAGUGACUGGGACGAGUUUGAGCCUCAAAAGACGAGCUAUUCCAGUGGCAGAGGCGUGGCCCCUAAGGUAGCGAGGCACGGCGAUGUGUCCGUUGUGGAUUUGACACAAGAAGAUUGA